AUGAAGUUGACUUUGAUCUUUGUGGUAGCAAUGACUAGCUUCUGGUGUGAGGUGCAGAGUGGUAUGUUCUACUGUGGCCGUGGACUUUCUAAUCGAGUGCUCAAAGUGUGCGAGGAUCAUCUAGAACAGAAGCGUGAUGCUGGGUGGUGGAUGUCUGCGGACGCAUUGCGGCCACUUAGUGGGGUUCGCGGCAAACGUGGUAUUGUUGACGAGUGCUGUUACAAAACCUGCACUGUGAAAGAAGUUAUCCCCUAUUGUUAUUCAUAG